UUUUUGCUUCUCUUUUUAAAAUGCUUUAUCUCUUGUUGUUAUGAUUCAAAUUGAAUAGCAUCAACACUGAGACUAGAUGCUUGAGGGAGAUCUGUGGUGAGAGAAGCUGGGACAUCCCAGGGGGGUUCUUGCCAUAUUCAGGUUGCUAUAAAGCCUGUCAGUCAACCCGCCACUUUGAUUUUCUUCAGUUAAACUACAUGAUAUAUUCCAGAUAAGCAGUAUGCACUGGGAGAAAUCGCCACCAUCAGCACUAACCAGACCCAAACCAUACCAAGGUGUUCGGGUCAGAGACCCAGUCAAAGAGCUGCUGAGGAGGAAGAGAAGUCUGGAGCUUCACAGCGCCAAGACAGCGCCCCCUACUGUGGAUGUGGUCGCACAUAACAACCAGUCAUCAUAUACACAAGGCAUCUUCGGCUCUGACGUUGCCGGUGGCUCCCCACCCGAGUCGUCGACUGCAGUCAGCGAUGGGGGGCUGCAGUGUGCGGGAUGGAAAGCUGCAGCCCCUGCAACCGGCGCUGGCCUUCAGCAUGCUGUGACGCCCUGGUCUUCAUGCGACUACAUCCAGCAGGACCGUCCGGCUCAGACUCUGGCCUACUCAGCCACCCCCACCCUCACUGCUGAUGUGUACAUGCAGACUCUGUGUCCCAGCUACACCAUGCUGACUUACACGCACGCACCGCUGCUCACCAACUUUGGGACCAUACCUAUGGGCCCCACACCAGCCUCCAUCCCUCAGAUGGAGCUCCCAGACUCAGGGCUGACCUACCUCCCCUGGGCCCAACCCCUCACCACCAUAUCGACCAUGCCCAGCCCAGGGGUCCAGUUUGCCCCCGGCUCUGCAGCCCUGCCUGGUUCGCCUCUGGUCCAUAUGCCACUGUCCAUGUCUUUGACCACCAUGAUUCCUCAGCUGGAGGCCCAGGGAGUAGAUUCUCAGCCACCGAUACUGGACCUCCCGCAGCGCUCAGACCACCAGCUGGAACCUGGACCACAAGGCCAGUCACUGGAUGAAGAUCCAGGGGUCGAGGCGGAAUCGCCGAGCCUCCUUGAUAAACUUCUGGAGGCUCAAAAGGAUGAUGGCAGCGAGCAGGACAAAGACUCAUACAGCAGCUCACUCUUCAUUUCAAAUGUCUGAAAAUAUGUGUGUGUGUAUGUGUGUGUGUGUGUGCACGUGUGUGUUCUCUCUGCAACGAGAAGUACGUUUGUUUUUCAGAGAUAAUUUGAGUUCAUCUCAACUUAGGUCUUUAUUUUGCAGCUGUGGCCAUAAUUUCUAUAGAUUGCGAUAGCGCUGAACUCACCAAAGUAAUCGCUGCGAUUAAAGCAGGGAUACUAACCAGGUAAAGUGGACAACUUCCUGUAAAUCGCAUGCAGUCAGGGGCCUCAAGGGCCCUCCGGUCGUCUCUUUGACAAUGACUUUGCAACACUUAUUACACUGAUCAGGACAUGCACAAGGAAAACUGAAUUUUAAAGCUUGGAUUUAGGGUUGGAAAAUCUUUUAACAUACUGAUAGCAAUCAGUUAGACAGAUUGUGUGGCUGUGGCUGUCACAGACCUCUAAUAAGGCCAUUGAGUCAUUUCAUUUAGAUUGGAUGAAAUGUGCUUGUCAACCUAGUACCUGCCUACCUGCAAACACUCUGCCCGCUGGCUCUGCGUGGAUAAAUUGCUAAAUCUAAGAUGGCUAGUUGCAAAAGAAUGAAAGGGAAAGUGCAGGCAUAUUUCCCGAUGCCAACAGCAGACAUGUUUGUUGUUGACAUUCAUCAUGAUAAUGUUAGUGUUAGUGUGUGUUUUCUUACAUGAGGGAGUUGGACACAGUUACGGAUGGCAACAAUGCUCUGUGCUCACAGUACACAGCCUCUGAGCCCGUUGUUCAGCAGUUAGCACGAAGCACACAACCCCUGAGCUUUUUUGUGGCAUUAAACAGAGUUGUUUAUUUAUUACACCAAAAAAGCUAAAAGGGCUCGUUGAAAGUUGCAAACUAACUGCUCACACACACCUCUGUAUUGACCAGCAGGAGCCACUGGGCAUGUAGUGUUGGUGUAGUUAGAGCGUGCUCAUGUGUUUUAGAGCAGUGGCUCUGAAGGGAAUCCAGGAUAGAGGGAUUAUUUUUAAUUGGAUACAACAAAACUGAGCUUCCUGUUGCUGGUUAUUAUCUUAUCAACCCCACUUUUAAGACCUGAUCUUGUGUAGGGACCCUAUCACAGAAAUCUGUCCAGAAAAAAAAAAAGUAAAAUGAUGUAAGGAUAAUUUUGACUGUGUAUCAAUGUACAAUCAACAAUUAUAAUCAUUUCUAUGAAGGCAUAGUUGAUAUUAUUGCACCUGUAUUGUACUAUAUUGUGUAAUUAUCUGUACAUCAGCUGUCACUUGUUGAGGAGUCAGUUGUUAUAAAAUACAUUAAUAAACACUCAAAUUCGUUUAUACACCUAAUGCUUAAUACAUGAGGCUAAAUGCUGCCGUGUUUAUGGAUCUUGACAGUUUAAUUAGUCAGUACAUUGAAGAAGUGAUGGCCAAAUCUGGUAAAAUGAGACCAAAGUUGUCACAAGCCAGAAUUAACUUGUAGUUACACUUUUCUUUUUACACUUUUCCUGCAAUGACAGCCAGAAUACUUUUUCUUAUUGAUUUUUAAAAAAAAAAAAACAUACAUGGGAUGUAGCGAAGGGAAAAGCAGCCCCUGUUUUAAUUUUUGCAGAAUGUAGUUUUAGUAUUAUUUCAUGCUAAUGUAUGUAAUACAGUCCUGCUGCUCUAACUAACAGGUCUUUUGGAUGUUUUAAGACUGUUAUUAAAUUUGUAAACUACU